UCGAUCAGGAACUAUGGGAUUCCCUCGUCUACUGUCGAUCUUUUACUGCACCUUUCACCCGGUUCAAGGGCCGAAGGUGCUUUACGAGGUACCUGAAGGCUCUAUUCUCUCCAAGAGCUCACCUCUUGUUGACUUUGAUUCCAUUUCUGACUACCUGAUCCCUAAAGUUGAACUUUGUGAAAAACUUGUCACCAUUUCAACGCCAACAUGCAAAGUGAUGGGAUACCCUGUCAAUCUUGAACACAAAAAAUUUCAACGCAAUGCUUUGAUGUUCAACUUGGCUUUUGUGUUUGACAGGGAUGCAGAAACUUCGUCGUAUGGACCCGUUGUACGGAAGAUGGCAAGAGUCUUGAAAGCGUUAGAAAAGGAAAGCGAAUUUUUAAGUCGACAAACGCGACUAGCGAUGCUGGUCAGCGCACCUAUAGGAUCACUGACAAAUGUUAGUUUGGCUUCAGCGUCUGCAACAACAACUCCGCUGGCAACGCCAACUAGUGCUGUAGUCACAUUAGGAUCAAUGACGAACAACCAUGCGGGAGCGGUAAAGUCUUCUUUUAGUGGUAUGACUGGUUGUGAGAGUAAUCAAGUGAAUAGUGGAAGUAAUGGGAGUACCAGCAGUGGAUUAGAACCGAUAUCAGAAUCAGCCUCAGCCGUCUCAGGCACCGAUCCAAGCGUGACUCAACCGGCACAAACUCAACAAACCCUGGGACCACAAGGAGCACCAGUGACACCAUCUUUACCUCCUUUGCCAUCGUCGUCCAAUAUACAUAUGGCUCCUGAAGCAUCAUUGGCUUUAGUCUCGACCUCGCAAGCUCCUAUCCCUACACCAUUUGCAACAGUGCCAGUGGAAACACAGGAUAGGGUCAAUAUUAUGCCUACCACAAUGACAUCUUCUCCUCCAUCUAUGAUCAAUGACACAAUCACAUCCGUUUUGACUGCACCUCCAUCUUCGAUGCCUUUUCUCUCAUCAAAAUCCUCCUCCACCUCAGCUAUCAGGACUCCGAACAAUGGCUCAGUGCCAUCUGGAGCCAAUGGUCAAAAAGCUCUUACUCCCGUAGGCUUGGUAGCACUGACAAAACAGGAACAAGAGGACGGUAGUGGGAUGCAGAACUUAAUAGACCAGCUGAUCGAGGACCUUAAUAGCUACUGCGAAUGCCAGAUCCCGAUCGAUUCUGCAAAUACUAUCAAUCUGAAGCUGUUUCCAACAUAUCCAAAUCCUCCACCUGUGUAUGACUACCAGGUUCCAAUCUCGACUGUAAAUUUAGAGGCGCUUACGGAUGUGAGCUGGGACAUGACAAUGCAGCGGCUCACUGGAUUUAUUAACGGAGUCAGUUCUGUGAAGCGCAUCGCUGAAUAUGCCGACGUCGAGACUGGUCUAGCAAGAAUGUGCAUGCAACACCUACUAUAUUAUGGAUGUAUCAUCAUGGUAGAUCUGUUCCAGUUCAAGAAUAUAUAUGCAGUUAAGAUGGAGAUGAUGCGUUUGACCGAGGAUGUUGCCUUACAAAACGAAUGCGUGUCCUAUGUUACAUUACCAGACAUGCACGCUCCAUCCUUUGCAAAGCUUUUUUCUCUUUACUGUUCACUUCAAUACGGAGUUGUCCUUCAAGACUGGAUCGAACAGAACCAAAUUGCAGACUACAAUAUCGAUGUUCGACGGUUCAUCUCGUUUGGAGUAAUCAAAGGUUUUUUGUAUAGGGUCCACAAAUAUCCUAUUCUUGAUUAUCAUGAUCCAACCACCAAUAUACCUUUAAUUACAAAACCAACUGAACAACACCCAUCAGCAGGGACUCCUGUUGUUCGAGCAGCAACAGUUGUUGGUGCAAAUACUAAUGAACAAACGACCUCUACAGGGACCAAUGGUUCAAAUAGUUUGGCAAGCAGGCAAGGAACAUCUAUAGACCAACAAAAGAAGGACCCUGGGGACACACAAACUUCGACGGAACUCAAUGGAAAGCAUCACACUUCGACCUCAAACCAAUCUCAUAUCAGCAACCAUCAUGCUAACGAGUCAGCCCCAUUCAAUUCUUUUGCGAUACCCCCAGCGCUCAAACGAUUGCUAAAUGGUGAACAUCAUUAUGACGAGUUGUGCACGAUGUUCGGAUGCAGCGUGCGAGAAAUGGAUCAAAUCCUAGCUAUGGAUAAGCAUGUUAAAUUCAUUUAUCGGUAGAAGCUGUUCCGCGCAAUAAAGACGGUACACUAAAAAAAAAAUGAAA